AUGUGCUCUACCGAGGCGACACGCGACCCCGCGACAAUCAUAGCAAAGACCUUUAGGGAUCCCAACUAUCCCGGUCUGCACUACCACACCCACAUCCACAUCGAAAAACUUCAACACAUGUUAUACGCGUCGACGUCGCCGUCCAAGGAGAUUGCCAAGAAGUACGGAGGCAAACUGGCACAAGGACAAAGGUAUUACAUUUACCACAUCAACACCAAGAACGUCAAGGAACCCAAGAUACGCUUCAAUCUCGGCAGCCCCAAGAAGCCUGGGCCGGUCCCCGACCAAACCCAAAAGACCAGGACCCUCUCCGAAGUUGAGUUUGAACGAGUUGCGCCCAUUUUCACAAAGGCACGGUAUCGAUACCCUUAUACCGACGAGGACGAGUACGCAUUAAAGGCCUACAUUCCUUGGGCCAACGUGGACGGCUGGACUAUCGUUUACCCAAACGGAAAAGAGAAAUACCAGUCGAGACUACUAUCAUCCAGCAUGAGGACAACAAACAAUGGCAAAAAGAUAUAUGUCUAA